CUUCUCAAAAGCAUGCGUUAAUUCUUAAUCAUCUACUCAGCCUUGAUGCUUAAAUGGAGACUAGGCAACCCAUGGAAUUUUUGCACUCACAUACACACAUAACACACUUUCUAAAUCCCUUCUCUUUUAAUGUUAAUGAUCAUGAAUUAUAUCAACACUUAACUUCUCAUUUCUCCUUUGCGCUUUACUAGUGAUCAACAUAUCAUAUAUGGCAUUGCACAACCUAUCAAUCACCAUCGUCGGAAUUUUAGGUAAUGUCAUUUCUGGAUUAGUGUAUCUAGCUCCAUUGCCUACAUACUACAGAAUUUACAAGAAAAGAUCGACAGAAGGGUUCCAAGCAGUACCUUAUGUAGUAGCACUUUUUAGUGCUAUGCUUUGGUUGUAUUAUGCACUACUCAAAAAGAAGGAAAUCUUUUUGAUUACCAUAAAUUCAGUAGGCUGCAUAAUUGAGACAUUGUACAUUGUUUUUUUCUGUGUUUACGCUUCAAAGAGCAUCAGAAUUUCUACUGCCAAGCUAGUUUCAUUUCAUUUGGCGAUUUUCGUUCUGGUUGUUAUCGUUAUUCAGUUAAUUCUUGUUGAUGGCACUAAUCGGGUGAAAGUGUUGGGGAUUAUUUGUGCUGUUGUCUCCACUUGUGUUUUCGCGGCACCCCUUGCCAUCAUGGUUAAGGUGUUUCGAACAAAGAGCGUGAGGUUCAUGCCAUUUCAAUUGUCCUUCUUCCUCACUUUGUGUGCAGUCAUAUGGUUUGCAUAUGGGAUCCUACGAAGAGACUUGUUUAUUCUUAUACCAAACAUUAUGGGUUUCAUCUUGGGGCUACUUCAGAUGGUAUUAUACGCGGUGUGCAAGAACUGCUACUUAUCCAACGUAUCAGGGAGAAAUCAAAGCGAUCCAACUGAACUAGUCAAUCAAAACUCGACAAUUACUGAUAAUCAUCAGACCGAUUCUGAGCACAAAGAAAAUGAGACAGCAGAUCAGCAAGACGGAAGCAAUGGAGUUUACUGUCCGGCUGCAGUCUGAAUACACACCUAAUGCUAGCUUUUUUGGCAACAAACUACAUAUGUCGAGUCAAGUCGAGUCGAGUCAAGUCUAAUCGUUGGUGUUUGGCUAGUUCGCAUAGUAUGUAACUGUGCGCGUAAGCCUAAGACACGAUACGAACUCCUGUUUACGGCCUAAAUGUAUUAUUCUUACCCUUCGGAAGGAACAAAAAAAUUUGCGUUUUUCU